AUGAAGGCUGCGUCUGGGACAUUGUUGGUUCUGCUGAACGCUCGACUUCUUCAGCAGGUCGAGUGCAGCAUGUGGUCUGGCCAUUGGUUAGGCAAAGAAUUCCAGCACCCUGGUGAUCGCGAAGGUUUCAUCACCCACGACAAGGUCUCUGUGACGCUCAUCGGCGACACGGGCUUUUACACCAUUCCUGCGUGGGAUGGGGCGCGCACGAUCCGAAUACAAAGUCAGAGUGAAACGCACCUCUAUGGGACAAUGUCAGGUGCCAACAACGAGCACUUCAACUGCCACUGCACCUUGCUCCAAGAUGCCUCCAUAUUCUGCAGCUUCGGCGAAUACACCUUUAGCGGUGUCAAGACACAUGCUAUAACGGAGACAUUAGCAUCUCCAGAUGCUUCGAGCAGCCGUCCCGCUCCAAGCAACCCCCACGACAUCUACGAUGCCUGCCGCGAUUCCUGCCGUGCCGCCACCGAGCGAGUGCUUCAAGACUUCGUGCGGGAGUUAUAG